AUGAACGGCAACAUGAACGGGAACCCGCCGCCCGCCAGCGCGCCCGCUGCGCCCGUCGCCGCCAAUGGCCAGCAGCCGCCUGUUCGUCGCCGUCGCCCACGUCCGCAGGCCGAUGUCCUGCGCAAGCCCCGCCGCCCACUACAGAACAUCACGAGGCCCAUGGUCUCGUUGUCGCAAAUGAACGAGGCCAAGAAGCCCGUCGCCGGGCCCGCAAGCGAUGGCACGCAGUCCAAAGACGCGUUGCGACAUGAGUUCAUUGCUCAAGGCGCCAGCAGCUUCCCACUUAUCGUGAGCCGCAAGGACUUGAAAGAGCUGCGACACCAUGUCAUGCGUCUGCAGAGCAAGACGCACGUGGACAUCACCGACGACAACCAGUUCAAGACGCCCAUCAAGCUCCACCGCCGAGAUCCCCGCGCGCCUCCAAGCGGUAUGGGCUCCACGUACGAAGAAGAAGACACGAAGGAGGACAUGGAAGAAAUGAAGGAGCGGGAGCGCAUCGAGCUGCAGAAGGAGGAGCGUCGCAAGGUUCGCGAGGAGAACCAAGCCAAGAUCGCCCCUACUGGCAUGAAGAAGCCUCCUGCCUUCCACAAGAAGACGGAGCAGAAGUACCGGCCCGAUGAUACUCCAGAGGCAAAGAAGCGACAACUUCUGCGAUACGAGGAGACGCUGCCAUGGCAUUUGGAGGACUUCGAGAACAAACAGACGUGGGUCGGCACCUACGAGUCGGAGCUGUCAGAAACACAUGUCAUGCUGUCGACCACCCGCCCCGGCGACCCCAAUACAGCAAUCCAGAUGGCCCCUAUGGAGCGCUGGUAUCGGUUCAACGUCAAGGGCAAGGUCAAGACUGGCGGCGAUGAUCUCGAUAAGAUUUUGGCCAAAGUUGAGAGAGGCGGCGGACCCAAGUUUUUCGCCGAACUCGAAGAGCGUCAGAAGCAGCGCGUCAACGCAGAGAACAAUGCGAAGAUGUGGAGCGGAGUCCGUACCCGUGUCGGCGGCGGCGCAGACGACGAAGGCAGGAUCAAGCGCGAGCGCCCCGACGACGACGCAACCGGAUUUGUUAAGCGCGAAGCUGACGCGGACGAUAUCGACUUUAACCUUGAGGAAGACUUUGCCGACGACGAAGAGGGUCUGAAUGGUCUCUUUGAAGGUGAAGAGCAGGAUGUCAAAGAAGCCGCAGAAAAGCUCAAGCGAGACCAACUGCAGGCUGCUCUGUGGGAUCGACCCGAUGAAUUGGCCAUUGCGAUCAAGGAAGAACAAGAGCGGAAGGAGGCUGAGGAGAGGAGGAUCCAGGAAAAGGGCACCCGAAAAGCCCUAGUCAAACGCGAAAAGCAAUAUGACUACCUUGACAGCGAUCCAGAGAACCCGUACAUCACCGAAAGUGAGUCCGACACCGACUCCGAGACGGAGCGUCAACAAGCCAAGGAAGAGGCAGAGAAGAAGGCAGCCGAGCAGAACGGCAAGGCACCGGAAGCUGGUAACGUCCCCUCUGGUGCAUCUACCAAGGGCACCAAUACCCCCUCGGGGAACCACAAGUCUGGCGAGAGCAAGAGCAAGAAGAGGCCAGGCUCACCCAACCUCUCAGAAGCUAGCGGCAACGAGUCCUCGCGCAAGAAGCAUAAGAAGAAGCAUGACAAGCUGGCUGAUGGAUCCCGGAAGUCGUCCCUUGCUAAUCUUAAGGGCGCAGGGUCUGGUAGCGACAGCGAGAUGACUGACGCCGGCAAGAAGCGGAAGAAGGACAAGAAGGACAAAAACCGCAUCAUGAUUGGCGCUUCUCCGAGCGGCACUCCUGGUGCUAGCCGUGCAGGCAGUCCUACAGCCAGCGGCAGCCGCGCAGGUAGUCCCUCUGCAGCCCCAUCACGGCCUUCCCUACCAUCUGCCAAGGAGAUCUACGAAUCGUUGCCACCCCAAGGCAUGAACAUUCAGAAUCUCAUUGUCAAGUUCAAGGGUCGUGUUGACAAGACCAACACGCAGGUCUUCAUCAAGCUCGUCAAGGCGGUGUCUAGCUUCGACAAGGCCAAGAGCUGGCUUACCCCUCUGGAGAAGAUGCCCUCCGAAGAGCACAUUAAUGCGUUCAUGAAUGCGUCAAACGCACCGAAACCUGCGUAG